AUGUCGGAGACAGCUCACGAUGCAAAGUCCCGGCUGUCUUUGAAUCCUCGCAAAGUAUACGAAUCGAUUCCUGAGGAUAUAUCAGAAGCUGCAGUUCUCCCUCGCAUGGACUCAAUCGGGAGUCUAUCGAAGUCCCUGGGCCACUAUCCGUCCUUUGUUAGCAUGGAUCGGAAGGACAGUCAACGAAAGAAAUUGACGAUCCCUGAAUUCGAAAGCACGCGAAAUAGAGGGCACUCGAAUGCGGCUAUCCACAGCGUGGACUCUGCCACUUCGCUAUCGAGCAUUUCCAUUAAAGAGGCAGACGAUAGCACCUUUGCCGACCAGACGCAAACAUCCAGGUUUACAGGCGACAAAGUGAGCCCGACGUGGGCUCUUUCCGAUAUUCUACAGAUUUUGAGCGACAAGAAGACCUCAAGUGAGGAAAUUGUGGACAAGACGAACGAUAUGGUGGAUUUGCUGGAGGAAAACGAAUCACUAAGGAACGAUCUGGUGUUCUCUUCCGUCAUCCACGUCGUUCAGAGAUUGAUGCUUCAGCGCAACGAGAUGGUUAUUGCGUGCGGAUACAGGAUCUUGUGGUACGUUGUGACCGAUCUACAGGCAUUACUGCUAUUUUUCAAGUACGACUUAUACGUCUUUGUUAUUGCCAGUUUGAGCAAAAAUCCCAAACACACGACAGAACGGAGAGAAUGCAUGCGUCUUGUUCGACGUUUGGUAAGCAUUGAAGGUGGUCCGAACCAGUUUCCGGUCGCGCUGGUCCGCUCGCUGAUUAAUAUAGUAGAGGAUGUUACUGAUCCAUUGAGAACCAUCGCAUUUGAGACACUAGUGGAGAUUGCUCUUUUGGAUCCAGAAAGAGCGUACAAAGCCAACGCAUUGGGUGUGUUAUUGCAGUACAUUGUGGACGGGCCUGCCGUUUCAAGAGGUGUAUUUUGCGCCGCGAUACUGAAACUUCUCGAUCUGCCCAACACCAGACCCUACAUCAUGGAAUCGCAUCUUGUCCAGUUGCUCAUCUCGCCUUUCAUGGAUAUUUCGCAUAUCAAAACAGAAAAUUUGCAAGUUAUCGCGCAUCUGAUCGUGUUCAUGCUGAAAAACUGGUCUGGACUCAUAGCUUUCAGCCAGCACGAUUUCCUCCCUAUCCGUGAGCUGAUCAAUUGUCUUACUUUCAGCUCAGUUUCAAUAAAGAGUAUAUUGCUGCAAAUUUUCAGCGACCUGUUUCGGAUAAAACCGAUGUCACUGGGUGACACCAAUGACGAGAAUGGCCCGAUGAUUGUGCCUCUGAUAAAUCCUGAACGCCAACUCUCAUCAGCAAAGUCCAACACUAACGCACGGAGCUCGCCAGAAACAGAAACUUCGUUGGUCAACCACUACACCAUGCUGGUGCUACAUAUAUGCAUUCGUUGUGGUCUCGUGGACAAGCUGAAAAAGCUUUUCGAAGAAGUCACUGACAAGAAGUUGAAUAAGCGCAUAAUGAUCCUGCUGUCAGAAAUAUCGUACAUGCAGUCGUUUCUGGUCCCAGACCAGCUGAUAAAGUCAAUAGCUCCGUCGUUUGAGCUCAACAAACAGAUCGAGAAGUACCUUCGAAACCACCACACUUCCAACCUCAUUCUUGCAGAUCACGUCCACGUGAGGAUCUCGGAACAGGUCUUCAAAGAAUUGCGACUCAAAAUGCUGUGCGGUGUGGACGCGACACACCUAAAAAAUCUAGUUUCGGAGACUCAUGUCUUGGCUACAAAAGACUACUACAAAUGGAAUUGGAGCUUGAUCACUGAGCUAAUGCAAGGCCCCUUACGCGACACGCGCAACUUUGAGGAAAUUGUGCGAACUACCAAGUUUUACAAGAGGUUGAUGUCGUUUUACCGUCCGUUCAAGUACCGUUUUGCGUCGCUUCGCAAAACAAAGUCCAAUCUGGUGUUCGUGAAAGUUGGCUGCGAAAUUUUCAAGAACCUGCUUUCCAACGCCGAGGGAGUCAAGUACCUGACGGAGAAUAAGGUUCUACCCCAGAUAGCAGAGUGUCUCGCACAGGUAGAUCCGUACAGUGGAAUCACGGCAGGAGACCCGCUUUUCUCGAAAGCCAAGCUGGAGACAACGCUCAGUUACGGCUACUUUUCGUUUCUGGGAGUUCUUUCAGCAGAUCCGAACGGGCUGCGGAUGCUGGAGCAAUGGUGGUUUUUCGACAUGCUGUACCAUAUAACGGACCAGAAAGCACGCCGACCAGAUCUGGUGAAGAUCAUUAUAAGGGAAAUGAAAUACAACUCUAACAGCCAUAUGCGGAUCAUCCUCAGCAAGGUGGCAAAUACGUCGAGUCCUUCGAUGCGUUUAUUUUCCGUCCGACUGCUGGGGAGUUUGUUGGAGAAUGAGGAGAGCGAAAGUUUUGCGUGUCGUGUGCUGGUUGGCCAGCUAUGUGAUCCGGACGAGAAUAUCAGACAGGUUUCUGUGGAGUUGCUAACUUCUUUCGCCAAAGACGAGGAAAAAGUGCUGGAGAUCAUCAAGUACCGGCCGUCGAUCGGUGUUUUGGAAACGCCGAGUGGCAUCAACUUGAUGCUAAAGAUUCUGGCUACGCGGCCCGGGUUCGAGUAUUUGCAGGAGUACGACUUUGUCAACGAGGAGAUGGAGGCCUGGAUCCAGUCCAAGAACAGGCACUACGUGCAGCACAUAGAGUCGUAUCUGGCACAGAAGUUUUUCAACGAGAAGGCCCCCAGCGAGCUGCCGUACCACUUUUUCGGCGGGUUGGUGAGGACAAGUGACGGACUGCGGUUGUUUGAGGUCACUGGAACUUUCGAGUCGUUCUCGCGCGUGGUCAACUCGUAUGCGAAUCUAAUCGAGACAGGUCAGGAGUCGGAGUUCUAUUACAAUACGCCGUGCAGUGAGCAAGAGGAUUACGUGACCGACCUGAAGUCUGUGCUGUGGGCAAUCGGCCACAUAGGAUCGUCGGACCACGGGGUGCGUCUUUUAGAUAUGACGGGCGUCGUGAACGAGAUUGUCUCGAUUUGUGUCAAAUCGCUGAACGCGUCGGUCCGAGGUACAUGUUUUUUCGUUCUGGGCCUGAUUGCCCAAACAGACCUCGGCUCCGAGAUGCUGGAUGACGUGGGGUGGUUCACAAAAACUGCCUCGAACGGUUAUCUGGGGUUGUGUCUGCCGAAAAAGCUCGAGAGCUUGGUGGACCUGGACCCGCACGAGGACGUCCUUGCAGACCUGAGCAGAAUCCCAAGCUCGACAACAAUGCAAGAGUUCGACAGGAUCAUGGACCAGGACUACCUGCCAUUCCAUGGUAGAGAGAAGCUAUUAAAAAGAACCGACUCGCCCAGUGGGGUUGGCGGUGCAACGGGACCCGGCCCCUCCUCCCACUCCGCAAACCUCACCAAAGAAUACCAGGCCCUCAAGCAAAUAUACAGAAAUCUGCUACUUCUUCCCGUCAACCAGGGAAAAGCUGUGGGGAACCUAAAUCGGUUGAAGUCCGGUCACCCAAAAUUAUUCGAGUCGGAGCCGGUGGUGAUGAAAUUGAUUAUUGAGGUGCUGGAGAAUUACCGGAUUAAGUUCCAUGUGAAGAGAUUCCUUCUGGGCGAACUUAUUGAUCUCAACAGUCUUAUGGAGGCACUACUGAAGCACAACAGACGAAAGCUCAAGGAACAAGGGUCUCUUUCAGGUGGGGUAAGUGGUGAGAGCACCAAAUCUGCGCAAAACAUGUCCAUAGCAAGGGGGUCUACUAAUCGGCAUUCUGUGCUGUACUGA